AUGAAGGAUGCUUCUGGCUCUAACCAAAUCUCCGCUACAGAUCCGGACUGUGGUGUGAAUGCGAUGGUAAAUUAUACUUUUGGAAAGGGAACGCCUUAUUCUCAAGAUUUUACAAUUCAGCAAGUUAGUGGAGAUUUCUGCAUAGGAGGAUCGCUUGAUCAUGAGAUUCGGAAUAUUUACGAAAUACCAGUGUUGGCAACAGACCGAGGUGGUUUGAGUACAACAGCUAUGAUCAAAGUCCUCAUUACUGACGUGAAUGACAACCGGCCCGUGUUUUAUCCUGUGGAAUACAAUGUUAGUCUUCCUGAAGGGGAACUUAUAUCAACGGCAGUUGUUAUGGUUGUUGCUACAGACAACGAUUCCAACUCGUUUGGAGAAGUGACAUACGAAAUAACUACUGGCAAUGAUUUCGGACUGUUUCAGAUUGAUGAAAAUACAGGGGAAAUAUUUAUUACGCGACCACUGAGUAUUGAUCAUUUUUUGCAUCAUUUAAUAAUAUCAGCCAAGGACGGGGGAGGUUUGGUAACAAAUGCCAGAGCCCAUGUUUACAUCAACGUCAUUAGUUCUGAUCAACAACCUCCAGUGUUUGAACAAGUCCGCUACACAUUUGUUGUUCAAGAAGAUGCUGCACCAGAAUCUGUUGUUGGAAGAGUUAUUGCAACAAGCAGAGAUCCAAGAGCUGGUCCUGUUCGUUAUAUAAUAUAUUCCGGCGAUCCAGAUGGGUUUUUCACCAUUGAUUUGUUAUCUGGAGUAAUUAAGACCAAAGGAAGACUUGAUCAUGAAAUUCAUCGAUUUCUUUUGCUGAACAUACAAGCCACUAGUGGGAGACCUCCAGCGUAUGGUCAUACUCAGGUCAACGUGACAAUAUGGGAUGUAAAUGACAAUGCUCCUCGUUUCGCAAGCAAUUCUUUGAAAAUCAGCGUUCCUGAAAAUGCGGAGUUAAAAUCUCCUAUUUAUGUCAUCCAUGCAGAAGAUCCAGACAGCAACAGAAAUGGAGAAGUUCAUUAUAAUAUUGUAGAUAAUCCGGAUAACAUGUUCAUUAUAGGAGAAAAAUCUGGAAGCAUCACACUUCAGCGUCCUUUGGAUUACGAAAUUCGGCGUCAUUAUAUUUUAAUUCUUAGAGCAACUGACUCAGGAAGCCCGUCAUUGUCAUCCAAUGUUACUUUAAUGGUUGAAGUCCAAGACGUAAACGACAACGCUCCGACUUUUGAAAAGACUUUGUACAAAGUCAAUGUUUUAGAGUCGCUUCAAGUCAAUUCUCAAUAUCUUCAAGUAACAGCAACAGAUAUGGAUACUGGAAAUAAUGCAAGACUUACAUACAAAUUAUCUCCAAGUACUGAAGAUGAUGCAUCUAGAAAAUUUGGUAUUUUUCCUAAUAGUGGAUUUCUUUACUUGAAAGAAACACUGGAUCGCGAAAUAACUGAUUCGUAUUCCUUGACUGUAGUCGCUUCUGAUAAUGGCAAUCCUCCUUUGUCUGCUUCUACAACCGUCUCCGUUAAGGUACUAGAUGCAAAUGAUAAUGAUCCAGAAUUUGUUGAAGAAAGUUUUAUCUUCUCUGUUCGUGAAAAUAGUAAGCAAGGUCAACACGUUGGCACGGUAUCAGCUCGAGAUCGAGAUCUUGGAAAUAAUGCAUCACUACGAUACAGUCUGAUGAAUACUAAUGACAGCUUCCAAAUCAAUCCCGUUACAGGGGAAAUCUUUACAACACGAAUCUUGGAUAGAGAAACACGGCCGAAAUAUGAACUGAAAGCUCAAGUUCGUGAUCAAGGUACACCUUUUAGAUCUGAUCAGGCUACUGUGGACAUUAAAGUGCUUGAUUUGAAUGACAAUUCCCCAGUAUUUGUUGAGCCAGUUGAUUCAAUGGUUGAAGUUUUGGAAGAAGAGCCCGUGGGAACAGAAGUUGUUCAAAUUGUUGCCGAAGAUGCUGACCAGGAUGAAAAUGCUGCUAUUACCUAUGAGAUUGUUCAAGGCAAAGAAAGUACAGAUGGAGCAGAUGUUUUCAGUAUUGAUAUGAGCACUGGAAUAGUGAGAACUCGAAAAAUGCUGGAUCAUGAAGAGCAAAAACUCUAUACCCUAACUAUCAUUGCUCGAGAUGGUGGCUCCCCUUCACACCAUAAUGAACUGAAAUUGCAAAUACAAAUACUGGAUUUAAAUGAUAACCAACCAGUUUUUCCUUCUUCAAGUUUGUCCUUCAAAAUAAAAGAAGGCAUUGGAGUUGGACAAGAAAUCGGCGUAAUACAAGCAGUAGAUGAAGAUGGUGGUGAAAAUGGGCGCGUUAUGUAUUCAAUCGUGGGUGGAAAUCUUUAUGGUAUGUUUGAUAUUGUUCGAACAACUGGAAAAUUAUACACCAUAGCAGAAGUUGAUUAUGAAAAGGCUUCGGUAUAUCACUUGCAAAUUAAAGCUGUAGAUAACAGUGCAGUGAAUCCUCAUAGCAGUGUGAUCAGCGUUAAAAUUGAAGUUGAAGACAUUAAUGAUUGUGCCCCAGUUUUCAAAAACGACCCUAUUCUGUUUUCCAUUCCUGAAAAUACUCCUCAGGGUACUCUUGUUUGGAACUUUAGUGCCACUGAUUUGGAUAGCGGAAUAAACGGCGAAGUGAGCUACUUUGUUUCCCAGCAGUCUCCUGCAUCAGUGUUUCAAAUAGAUAGAAAAACGGGAUCUUUAACAUUAGUUGAAACGUUGGAUUAUGAGAUUUUCCAAGAAUACACCAUUGUAAUCUCAGCAUCUGAUGAGGCAAGAGAUACGAAGCAAAGAUUAGCAACAAGUGUUACAUGCAAAAUCCUAAUUGAGGACAAAAAUGAUAACAGUCCCGUGUUCACAACAAAAAGCAGAAUCAAUAUUAUGGAAAGCGAACCUGUCAACUAUCCCGUACUUCAUGUGAUUGCCAUUGACAAAGACUCAAGAGAUAAUGGUCGAGUGACUUAUGUUAUUGCUCAUGGAAAUGAAAAAGGUCAUUUUUCUUUGGAUUAUGAUACAGGGAUUGAAAAUCUGUAA